CGCGUGCUCGCGGCGGCAUCAAGCACUGGGCAGUGGGCACCGGUAAAAGAAAGCUGCUGCCUUUCCUCCUAGUGCGUGGAGGCGGAGGCGUGGAGCAGUGGGAGAUACAACUACCUUGCCUGCCGUCUCCUCUUCGUCUUCCCGUGUCACCUGCUCUUCUUCCUCUCCUUGUCCCGGCUGGCGAAAUCGAGCUCCGCUCCAUGGGCGUAGCAGUCGGUCCGUAGCGCGAGCCGGUCAUAAUUAUGGAUUCAUGUGAGGGCUCUCAUCCUAUAACUCGAAGUGAGAUUGUCAGUGCAACAUCUGCUGCCAUUGUUGAUGGCAAGAAUGAGCCUGCUGGAGAGGGGUUGCCUGAUGGUUGGUUGAAAGAAUGCAGACCGAGAAAGAAUCGAUAUGGAUCUAGAAUCAAGGGUGACACGUUCUAUAUUGAUCCAACCAAUGAAUAUGAAUUUCUCUCUCUUAAGGAUGUGUACCGUUAUCUUGAAUCUGGAGACAUAAGUCAAUGUGUUAUGUUGCCAAACAAGAGAAAAACUGUGGACCUGCAUACUGCAGGGGACCAAUCUCAUCAUACAGGAAGACCACCAGAUUAUACGCAACUUGAUACCACUGAUGAAUCUAAUCAAUAUGGUCGACCAACAGUAGGAGGUACCAAGCCACUGAAGGAUGCUCUGCUAAAUCCAGAAAGUGGACAGAAUGCUGAAAAUACGCCAUCGUCAAACUCUGUUGGUAUAAACCUAAUCCAAGGAGAAGCUGAUAGAGUUGAAGCUUCAGAAGGCAAGAGUAUCCAGUCAGGCUCCAUAGAACACGCUCGAUGGGGAGCUGAAUCUAUUGCUAUAAAAGGAGCAAAUGUGGAACAGAAACCCAAGGAAAAGAAACACAAAACUAAAGCUGACAAACGGAUUUCUACACCUCUUCGAUCAUCACCUCGUUUAGCUGCACUGAAGAUUAGCCAGGAAGCAAAUAAUAUGCCCAAAGAUGGACAUAUCAGCACACAGACAGACAUCACCAAUCAUUCACAACCAAAGCAAAUUCAAAAACCUAGGCGAAAGGCUAAUUCCUCUGUAUUUCCUGAGAAGAAAUAUGGAGCACCUACCGCGAGUUCUUCAGAAAAGUUUGAAGACAGUGACCAUUCAGUUCCCAAUCAAAUACAAGGAGCCUCAGUCCCAUGCUCUUCAGAAAAUGUUGUAUGCCAAAAUGCACCAGCUGAGGCACCUGUUCUGCCACAACAAGUUGGACUAGGUGAAACAGCUGAUUAUAUGCAUGGAUCUUCCCUGUCAUCUCUAUUUCAACAUGUCUGGUCAGACCCAUGCCUUGAGUUUGCAUUCAGGACUCUCACAGGUGAUAUUCCUGUUCUUGAUGACACUAUAGCUGUUGCAAACUACUUCCUUCCACCACAGAACAUGAAUAAAGGAGCGACACCUAACUGUUCCUCUUCAGCUUAUGAUGGUACUAGAAACCAUGCACAAGUUGACCAUGUCAGCUUGCCAAUGCCAAGGUCAACCGAUAAGCUCUAUGGCAGCAAUUGGUUCCCUCCCCAGUAAAUUUCAUCUGGGGCAUAUCCAACUACAUUCUAAUCUGCCAAAAGGCAGAUCAGAAGGAAGCUCAUGUCCUAGUUAUAGUCUUCUUAGCACUCUUCGUUAGGUACUUCAACAAGGAUGCAUGCUGUAAACAAGACUGCAGCUUAUCAGCUUGUGGUAACUGUGUAGAGGAUCUGAUGGAUCCUCAGAGGAUCCAUCACUAAUAUAGCUGUCGUAUGACGUAUGGAUCUUCACGGGAAGCUGCCUGGUGGUACACUCGACAAUGCUUUCUGUUGAUUGUGUUUGUGUAGUAACCUGACCAUGUAUUCACUUGUUGCAUCGUUAGAGCAGACUAGAUAUCCCACGAAUUGGUCGGGGUUCUACUCUGUCUAAGAGAAGCUAUUCCUGUGUCUUACUACUUGUAACUUGGUAGACAUUUGAUGUGCAUUGCAGCAUUGGACCAAGUUCUAUCUAACUUGGCUCCUUUUUUUGCUGGUUUGAGCUUCUCUUUUGAUUGAGUAGCGGUUGUUGUUUUGAUGUGUACUCUCUUCAUUGAUUCUCGAAGUACCUAAGUGUGGUUGACAUUUUGCUUGUUCUUUGUUUGGUUUACCACACUGUGGUUGGGUACUAAUUGUGGAUGGCUACAUCAGUUGUUGGGAGA